GAAGUUACUCAAAGUAUCCAAGUGAAGAUGAGUGCGUGCAUUGGCUUUGGGUGGAGCUCAGCACGCCAUUCGGACGUGUAGAAACUUCCUUUAGUGUCAUUUAGCUGUUCAGGGGACCAUGGCGAAGGACAAUAAUCACCUUGGCCUACCCAUGGCCCACAUGGGCCAGGCUGUGUCAGAUGGAGAGCUGAACAUGUCUACGCGGGGCUGUGCCGGCAGCAGCUCCAGCCUGCCAGGGAUCCAGAUCAGUCCGGCCAGCCAGGCCAACAGCGUCCUGAGCUGGGCCGUGUCCUUCGAGAAGCUCCUGGAGGAUCCCACGGGAGUGCGCUACUUCACUGACUUCUUGAAUUCUGAGGUCAGCGCAGAAAACAUCAUGUUCUGGCAGGCCUGCGAAGAGUUCCAGAAGAUACCAGCCACCAGUUCAGCAAAGCUGAAGGCCUCCGCCUGCUCCAUCUACCAGACCUACCUGUCUGGUAGCGCCCCCUUUGCAGUCAACAUCACCGACACUGCCAAGAACCAAACCCAGGACCUGGAGAGCCCUACUCCAGAUAUGUUUGACAAGGCCCAGUCCCAGAUCUUUAAGCUGAUGAAGAUGGACAGCUACAGGCGCUUUGUGCGCUCUCCCCUCUACCAGAGCUGCUCUCUGGCCAGUGUGGAGGGCAGGCCUCUGCCCAGCCACCCGGCCGUCCACAUGGGGUCCUGGGAGGACGUCGCCGCACACAGCCCCUCCUCCAGCAACGGCAAGAUGGACCAGUCAAACAGCAGUCCGGGCAAACAACGGCGUAAGAGAGGAUCCUGGGGAGCCGCAGACAUGUUGUCAGCAGCUGGCGGCCACAUGUCGGUGAAGUCAACCAGCAGCAUGGAGUUGGGCUCCCUCUACAGGCGGGCCGAGGACGGAGGCUUGAGCCCCGGCUCCCCGGGGGCCCCGGGGGGGAGGCGUCUGGGCGAGGGGGGGUACUGCUGCGUGUUCCUGCCCGACGGCAGCGCCUCCCUGGCCCCCACCCGGGCCGGCCUCUCCCUGAGGGACAUGCUGGCCGGCCUGUGUGAGAAGAGGGGCUUCCCGCUGAAAGACGUCAUCAUCUACCUCCGGGGCAAGGACAAGCCCUUAUCUAUGGAUCAGGACUGCUCCGUGUUGCGAGACCAGCAGGUGACCUUGGAGCUCAGAGUGAUGCUCACGCUGGAGGUGGUGUCCACGGGUAAGACGACGGUGUGCAUGGUGAAGUCCAGCCGGACUCUGCAGGACACCCUCUCCGUGGUGCUUCAGAAGCACCCGCUCAAACUCCAGGACACGCUGGUCACCAUGAGUGGGAGCAGCCAGGCUCUGGACAUGGCCACCUGUGUGUACCAACUGGCCAAUAAGACGCUGCAGCUCCACAGUAUCAAAGACAAAGACAGCAGUCCUGGGUCCAGAGGCAGUACUGGUACCACAGCCACCAAACAGGGCAGCACAGCGUCUCCGGACGGGACCGGGCCUCGGGCGAGUGGACAGCCCGACAGAACCCAACCCAGGCCCAGUAAGAUAUGCGACAUAGAGGAGAUGCUGGAGCUGCUGGCCCGCGCCCAGUGCUGCCGGGUGGACGACCAGCGAGGGCCUCUGACCAGGGAGCACCUGGAGCUGCCCGCCUUCCUGCUGCUGCCCGCCCAGCCUGGAGACCCCCCCGCCCCCCCCACCAGCAGCCCCCCCACCCCUCCCCCCGCCGGCCCCGACGCCACAGGGGGCCCCGGAGGGGGGGCGGAGGGGGGCGCGCCGUCGCCCCCGGAGCCGGAGCCCAAGAGCCUCAAGGAAACGUCCAUCUGAUGCCUCAGCGCGGGGGGCGGGGGGGGCAGGGGU